AUGACAAUCGCCUUCCUCGGAGCAACAGGUGGCUGUGCAAAUGCCUGCCUAGCAUACACCCUCCUCAACGGCCACAAAGCCCGAGCCCUAGCACGCACGCCCUCAAAGCUCACAACCCUCCUCCUAGAGCAACCAGGCAUAACACAAGAAAUACUAAACAACCAACUGGAGAUCAUCCAAGGCGACGCCACAGACAUGGAAAGCAUAGCCAAAACACUCAUCGCCAACUCCGAUUCCAACUCAGCCAACCACGCUCCCACGCUUGUCAACAGCAUAAUCUCCGGUCUAGGCGGCGCACCCAGCGUGUCCUUCAGUCGUGAAACGAAGUGUCCCACAUCUAAGUUCAGAGUUCCGGCAUUGCCACACAUCGAACUAUCUAAUCCGAAUGUCACGGAACAGACCACUCGCACAUUACUUGCUGCUUUGAGAAUCAUUGCCUCACAGUUCGAGAGUCUUGAGGCGUAUCGCGCUGUCGCGCCUAUGGUUACUGUCAUUUCGACGACGGGGCAUCUGCCCGGAAACAAGGAUGUGCCAUUGUUAUUCCGGCCUAUGUAUUCUAUUAUGCUUCCUAUCCCUCAUGCGGAUAAAUUGCAGAUGGAAAGAUUGCUUGAUGAGGAGGCGGGCCUUGGGGAGAAAGGGGUUUUGGGGGCUGGGGUUGUUGUUGUUCGGCCUAGUUUUUUGACUGGGGACCAUCGGGUUCCUGUUUGGGAAGGGGGCGCGGCUGAGGGGGAGACGAAAGGGGAUGGACUUGGGAGUGUUAGGGUUGGGACGGAGCAGGAUCCGGCUAUUGGGUAUACAAUUUCUAGGGCUUUGGUUGGGAAGUGGAUUUUUGAGGAGAUUGUAAGGGGUGGUGGGAAAAGGUGGGUUGGAGAGAAAGUGACUAUUACCUGUUAA